UUGCUAAAUUGCACUUGUGAAGGAUAAAACCAAAGCUUUGCCUUACAAUUAUUACUUAAUUUUUAAAUACACAACUAUUGACCAAAAUAUACAAAACAAUAUAAAUACAAAAUACGUUAAAGCUUGCAAUGUAUACAGUAGCUGUGAUACCUCCUGAUCUACGACAUGAAGAAACAAUCAUCCAAGCAGCCAUAGCUCUCAGUUGUCUUCAAAAAACAAUAAAUUCUGUAUUUGACUGCAUCGAUAAUCGUACCCAACACAAUAAUGCUAAAGUACAAGAGUUGAGUGCGCGUAUUAAACGGGCACAAGCGAAAAUACGCAGUUUGGUGGGCACAAAAAAAGCCAUCAGAAUUUACGCUCCAGCUCGUUUUCCAUCAACACAAGUUUUUUAUGAUAUACCACAAACCUUCGGUAAUUUGGAAACAAUGUUGGACGAACAUAUAAAUAAUCAAAAACAUAAAGAACAAUUAAAUUACGAAGUGCAUGGUCGUAUAGAUGUAUCUGCAUCGCAAGCGUUACAAGAAAAAUUGGUUUUCUUCCAUGUUCGCAAUAAGGAUAUGAACGAAUCAUAUCCGGGUAAUACUGUGGCUGCCAACAGACUACAUGUAAACAAAAGUUCUGGUAUGGGUAUGGUACCAGAAAAAUUACGAUCAGUAUCCUCAUUGUUACAUUGUAAUGGCAACGAAAUGGUUUACGGUCAGGAAAAUGUUGAAAAGGAGGCAUGGAAAAAAGCUAAGCUCUUUAAAAUACAACGUCAACGUCAGGAUAAUACCGAAAUUAAGCAACUUUUAGAUCCAGCACCCUAUUCAUUAGCGCAUCGCAAUCAAAAAACAGAUUCUUUAGGAGGCCUUCGCUACACACCACGAUUGCAUGAGGCACCGGAAAUCAAUCUACCACUGGACUUGCCCGAUUUACCAGGUAUUGCUGAUGAUAUACAAUUUGAGGGUAAAGAGCAUCAGCAAAUUGCCCCAUCAUUAUAUAUCGAAAACUUACCCGAUCUGGCUGAGUUAGAGGAGGCAGCUACAAUUGCGACAAAUAUAUCUAAUCCUAAUGAAAAACAAGGUAUUGUACUUGAACAUUCAUCUCAACCGCCAACAACGAACACAGUCCUGGCUCCAAUCUCAAAAAGUGCACAAGUAUCAGUGGCACCAGCACCACCUCCACCGCCUCCACCACCACCAUUACCCCCACCACAUACAUCGACAACACCAAUGGAAUAUAAUGCGAAAAACGAAAACUCACAUUUACAAAACCCGAACACCAAUAAUGCUCGAACUGAGUUAAUGGAUGCUAUACGAAAAGCUGGUGGUGCAAGUGGUGGUAGAUUACGUACUGCCGCUGCUGCCCCGGUUGAUGUAGUCGAUACUAAAUUACGAACCAAAAAUAGUGAAAUCAAACCCAUAGCAAACAAAAGUGGUGGAGGAGAUCUCAUGGCUGAUUUACACAAUAAAUUAUUAAUGCGACGUAAGGGCAUUUCAGGAUCAAAAAACCAGGAAAAUAAUUACUCUACUAAUUCUGUACGCAAAGGAGUUACAACUUCUACCGAUAACCCAGUUAUGUCUCGUUUAUCGGCACUAAUACCACCACCCACCGGGCGUAAAAACUCUGAUGACGACGACGAUACCCACGACGAGGACAACGAUACAGAUUGGGUGGAAUAGCAGUGGUUUAUAUGUAUGUAAUAAUAUACAGUAACGAGUGAAGUAUCAUAGCUCUUUCACUGCAAAAAUUUGAUGCCAAUUUCAAACCGCUUGUGCCUACUUUUAAAUUACACAUUAUUAAAAA